GGCAGUGGAGGGCAGCUCGGGGUGGGGUUUCGCGCGGUCCCCUCCUCCCUACCCGGCCCCUUCCAGGCGCGCUCUGGGCGCUUUCACAAGUGCGCUCUGAAGUUUCCAGAGAGCGAGGAGCCCGGGCGGCCAGGGGACAAUGGAGGAAAAAGAAAGCCAGAAAUGUGAGCUGGGCCGGCCUUCCUCAGCAGACAGCAGACAGAUCCAGGAGCAAGGGAAAAGCAAUCUCCAUGUAACAACUCCAGAAGAUGUGGAAUGCCUCAAGACCAAGGAGCGCCUUGCUAAUGGGAACACUCGCAUUUCAGUUUCCAAGUCAUCCCGAAAUAUCCCAAGGAGACACACUCUAGGUGGGCCCCGAAGUUCCAAAGAAAUACUGGGAAUGCAAACAUCUGAGAUGGAUAGGAAGAGAGAAGCUUUCCUGGAACAUCUAAAGCAGAAAUACCCCCAUCAUGCCACAGCCAUCAUGGGCCACCAAGAGAGGCUGAGAGACCAGACAAGAAGUCCCAAAUUAUCCCACAGUCCUCAACCUCCCAAUUUGGGGGACCCAGUUGAGCAUUUAUCAGAGACAUCUGCUGAUUCUUUGGAAGCCAUGUCUGAAGGGGAAGCACCAAGUCCUUUUUCUAGAGGCAGCCGGACUCGAGCAAGCCUUCCUGUGGUGAGGUCGACCAACCAGACAAAAGAAAGAUCUCUGGGUAAGCUUUGGGAGGCAGUUACUGAUCCUCCCUUUUUAACUAUGUGUGUGUAUUUUUAUACUCCUGCCUUCAAAUACUAAUUCUAUCUUGAUUUGUAAACACGAGUUCUAGGACACUUCGUUGGUUUAAUAUUGUGUUAGACAGCUUUCAGUUAUUAUGAUAAAAUAUUUGAGAUAAUCAAUGUAUAAAGAGGAGAGGUUCGUUUUAGCUCAUGAUUAUAGAGAAUUCAGUCCAUGGUUGGUUUUUCACUCCAUGGCUUCGUUGCUUUUGGGGCUGUGUCAAGGUAGCAACUAUGGUAGAGAGCACAUGGCAGAGCAAAGCUACUCGUGCUAUGGCAGCCAGGAAGCAAAGAAAGAGAGGAAGGAGCCAGGGUCCCACAUUUCUUUCAAGGCAUGUCCCCAGUGAUCUGACUUUCUCCCAUCAGACCCUACUGCCUGAAGGUUUCACUGCCUCCCAACAGUGCCACCAGCUGGUGAUCUAGUCUUUAGCAUGCAGGCUUUGGGGGUGACAUUUAAGAUUCAAAUCAGAGAUCAGAUAAAGUCCAAGCUGUCUUUGGGACUAGGUCCAUUUAGAGCUGCCUGGGUUAGCUGGUAGAACUUGCCUGAGUUCCUAAAGUAGGGAACACUGAGGGAUGGACUACAGAAUAAACCUCACCCCACCUCUUAAGCCUCCUCUCCAGGACCAGAAGCCAGGAUGAUUGGGGUUCACACCCUGAUAACUGGGUUUCCACAGCCUCGCCUAGUUUGUCUGGUAGUCUGGUGUGGGAUAUAAAUGGCUCCAGAAGGAAGAGGGACCACAUGGCCCUCCCAUGACUAUUAGUGAGAGCCAUGAACAUAGGCUGUUCUCCCCACAUUAGAGGAAAGGAAGCAGGGGCUUGAGGUUUGAGGACCCAGCUUUGCCGUUCAACAUGCUUUGCCAAAAAGCAGGAUUCUUCCUGCCUCUGACCACAGCCAUUUGCCUUUUGUAUUAGAAUUCACUCUUUCCUUCCCCAUCCAUCUUUCCCUUUAACAAAACACAUAUACGUGUAUACAUGUACUGAUAUUGAUGAAAUUAGGGUAAUUACCAUUUGUAUGUCGCUAAACAUUUAAAAAAUUUUGAUUAACAGGUAAUCAUUGUACAUAUUUUGAGGUACAGUGUGGUGUGUCAUCCCAUGUACACAAUGUGUACCAGCCCAGUCAGGGCAAUCAGUGUUCCUAUGUCCUUGUCAUUGCUUUGUGUCUGACAUCUUUGAGUUCUUCUCUUCAUAAAGUAUAUAAUAGAUUAUUGCAAAAAUAUGAAAUGCUUCAUGAACUUGCAUAUUGUCCUUGUGCAGAGGUCAGACUAACCUCGGUAUCGCUCCAGUUUUAGGAUCUGUGCAGCCAAAGCAAGCACUCCACAGUAGGUUUUUAACAUUAAAU